AUGAUUGAUGAAGCUGCGGGUAGAGGAGAGAUUGGUUAUCACCCGAAAUGCAAAAACAUAGACAUCACACAUCUAUGUUUUGCAGAUGAUUUAAUGGUGUUUACUGAUGGCACAGGAAAAUCAAUAGAAGGCAUACUAAAGGUCUUUGACAGAUUUGAUAGAAUGAGUGGGUUGCAGAUAAGUAUGGAGAAAUCAAUUUUAUUCAUGGCGGGUGGUAUGGCUCAAAAGAGAGAGGAAGUUCAAAACCAGUUUCAAUUUGCAUCAGGGACACUUCCGGUACGUUAUUUGGGACUCCCUUUGUUAACUAAAUGCAUGACUGUCAAUGAUUACUUGCCAUUGAUAGAGAAGAUUAGGAGAAGAAUAAGCUCAUGGACAUGGUGUUUUCUUUCCUACGCGGGAAGAUCACAAUUGCUACAAUCAGUCAUAAUGAGCCUAACCAAUUUUUGGAUGGCUGCAUUUAGACUCCCCAGUAGCUGUAUUAAGGAGAUUGAGAGAAUCUGCUCUGCAUACCUCUGGUCUGGUCCGGAACUUAAUGGUAGGAAGAAUAAGAUUGCUUGGAAGGAUAUCUGUAAGACAAAGCAAGAAGGUGGGUUGGGGAUUAGGCCGUUAAAGGAAGUGAAUUUGGUGGGUUGUAUUAAACUGAUUUGGAGGAUAUUAUCAUCUCAUUCUUUAUGGGUAAAUUGGGUUCAAAGCUAUCUUAUCAGGAAGGGGUCUAUUUGGAUGGUGAAGGAAAAUAAUCAGUCUGGGACUUGGAUGUGGCGGAAGAUAUUGAAAUGUCGGGAUAUUGCAAAAAUGCUCUAUAAGGUGGAGGUAAAGGAUGGUAAUAAAGCUUCUUUCUGGUUUGAAAAGUGGUCUUCUUUGGGUUGUCUGCAAGAUGUCUUAAGUGGAAGAGGUCACAUUGAUUUGGAAAUACUCGCUAAUGAUAAGGUUGCGGCUUGUAGGAAUCAUAGAAGAAGACAACAUCGCAUCCCACUCUUGAAUAGAGUAGAGAUGGAAAUCGAGCAUUAUAAAGCAAAUUGGGUUCAAGAGGAAGAUGUCUCACUGUGGAAAACUGAAAAUGGCAAAUACAAAAGCCUGUUUAUAGUGAGGCAUGUGUUUCAAUCUGCAGUACAUGCUAUUUGGAUGGAGAGAAAUAGAAGAAGACAUGGAGAGAAGCCUGCUCCUGCAGUGUUUAUUACCAAGAGGAUUGAUAAAGAGAUGAGAAACAAGUUUACAGUGAUAAGAAGGAAGGGUGACAAGAAGUAUGAAGGUGGAAUGGUAAAGUGGUUUAGCACAAGAUAG